GCCCAAAAAAUUUAUUGUUAGAUGAGUGACUUGAAGAGACUUGGGGGUAUGGACAGUUGUCAACCAUUGCUCGUUUUUGUAGUGCCUUGCUUAGUUAUAAACUAGCGAAUGUCACACCACGAGCAAGUAGUUAGCUACGGAAGCACAGAUAGGACAACCUCUGAAACGAGGUGUAGUCGAAACAACAACAGUACUCCCCCGGGUUCUGUACGAGAAGCCACCACCGAAGCUUCGGUGGAAGCUUGGAUUAGAAAAGCUUUUUCCUUAUUUGACCAAGAAGGAAAGGGUUAUGUGGAUAGCGUAGAUUUUGCGGAUGACAUUCAACACCUGUUUCCCAAUUGUAAGGAGGAGGAAGUAGAAGAGUUGUUAGAAGACACAGACCCAAAAGGUGUUGGAGUGGUCACUUUUGAAAACUUUUGUCAAGCCAUGAGUAGGCGCUUAAAGGGGAGAGUUCCAUUUGAAGCGUUACAGGAAGGCUUUAAAGCUUUUGACCGAGAUGGUGACGGCUACAUUGACGCUCAAGACUUGACUGAACACAUCUCCAACUUUGUAAGGGAACGUGACGAACGAGAUGAUAACGAAGCAGUAGGAGGUGAACGUAGUCGGGGACGUACCAGUCGACAAUCUUCCUUUCAGAGAGGAGAAGUGCGAAAGGCUUCCUCAAAAGAGUGCUCAAGAAAUAUUUCUAGAGAUUCUAGACGCUCUGCAUCCCCAGAUUGGAGCAAAUAUGAACACGAAGCAGAGGAACUUAUAGCAAGAAGAGAUUUGGACCACGACGGACGUAUCAAUAUGCAAGAGUUUGUUGAUGCAGCUUCAGAAGAACGUGAUAUGGACACUGUUCAGGAUAAGGUUUAAAUGAAUAAAGUUGUUUAUUUCAUUUGCAACAUUUGUGCAUUC